AAAGCCUCAGCCGGAGGACGACGCAUCACGAUAUCGCAGAAAGCUGGAGCUGCGCCAAAAAAAUUUGGCCGCCGCAAGUAAUCGACCGGACGAGUCAUUCUUCCGCAAGCUGGACUCGAACCUAAAGAAGAAUACUGCUUUUGUGAAAAAGUUAAAGUCGUUCACCGAGCAACAGCGAGAUUCGAUCGUGAGGGACUUCGGCGGCUUGAACCUCAGCAAAUACGCUGCCGAAAUGGCGUCCAGUAUCACCGAAGCCAAGCUAAAGUUAUCUGAUGUGCCUGCGGUGAUCGACGUCUGUUCGCUCGCCCAUCAGCGGUACGCCGACUUUGCACCGGCUCUUCUCGAUUACUUCAAGAAAACGUUUCCUCGAAGGAAAGACGAGAAGAUCGCGAAUAUUAGCAAGUUUCGUGUCGACUUGCGUCUGCUAGCUGAACUAAUCUUAUGCGGUGUGCUUCCUGAGAAGGAGGCGCUGUCGGUGCUUGGCGCGGCACUCAACUACCUUGUGCAGACGGACAAGGAGGAGCACAUCAAUUUGGCCAUCAUCAACACGUUCUGCAAGUAUUGCGGCGACGACUUCGCCGCACUGGCGUUGCAUCGUAAGCGGCGUGCCGCGGCUUCAUCGACCGGCGGUCCCACAAGCGUUACCAACAACACCACCGCCAUUGCAGCACCGAUCAUAAAUGUGGACCACCAGAAGAAGGUGUACAAUCUGCUGUGCGACUACUUCCAGUCAUUGCAGCGACACGUUCAACGCAGUCAGCGCGAGCUACAAAAGAUGGAGCGCCAAAAUAGGUGGCAGUACGAGAAUAAGGGUGAAGUGCACCCGGACGCCGUGCAGCGUCUGGACGAGGCGAAAGCCAACUUCGACAAGCUGUUCGCAAACGCUAAUAUGUUCGCUGAGUUGCUGAGCAAGGAACGCUUCCAAAUGGUCGUUGGGGACCCAACAGAUGGCACAGGCGAUGCGACCGGUUCAAGUGGCGACUUCCGCAGCGUCGUCGUGCAAACAGGCGUCGCGUCGCAGACGGCGACCGGCGAUAACUCUGUCGCUGAGUCCGUCUGGGAGGAUGAAGACACACGUAUGUUCUACGAAACGUUGCCUGAGCUUCGAGCCAUGCUACCGUCGAUCCUGUUCAAAGAUGUCGAGGGUGCUUCCACCGCUGCCGUAGCAGCAGCUGCCGAUGUAUCAUCAUUAGUCGAAGAUGAGGUGAUUACAGAAUCGGACGAAGUCAGCGCCGUCACCUCUGAUGUCGAUAUGAAGGAACUCGGUCCAGAAGACGAGAAGUUGGACAAAAUUGCUCCGACGGAAAGUGACAACGAUGACCAGAACUUGGUCAUGUCGGGUGGUGAAGAUGGAGACGAAGCUAAACUGUCAGAGCCACCGGAAGCAGAAGACGAAGUGGAGGGCGACAAGUGUUCAGGUAGCACCCUACGGCAGAUGAUGGAGACGUUCGUGUCUCAGUUGCCGAAUCUGAUCAACCGCGACAUGAUCGAUCAGGCAGCGAUCGACUUCGUCACCAACCUGAAUACAAAGACGAACCGUAAGCGCCUGGUGAAAGCGAUGUUCAACGUGCACCGCACCAGACUCGACCUUCUGCCAUUCUAUAGCCGUCUGGUGGCGACGUUGAACCCGGUGAUGCCGGACGUCGGUAUCGAGCUGUGUAAAAUGCUUAUUGCCAACUUUCGUCACCAGGUACGCAAGAAAGACCAAAUCCUGAUAGAGACGAAGGUGAAGAUCGUCAGGUUCAUUGGCGAGUUGGUCAAGUUUCGUAUCUUCCCGAAAUCAGAGGCGCUGCACUGCCUGAAGAUCCUACUGUUCGACCUGCGUCACCAUAAUAUAGACAUGGCAUGCAAUCUACUGGACAGCUGCGGCUACUUUCUGUACCAUUCACCAGAUAGUUACCAAAAAACCAAGGUGCUUCUGGAACAGAUGAUGCGCAAGCGCCAGGCGGCCCUGCACCUCGACCAACGCUACCAGCUUAUGAUCAACAACGCCUACUAUACGUGCAACCCGCCGACUGCCGGUUCAGCCGGCCUUACGCCCAAGGUAAGGUGGUGCGUUGUCAUAACGCCCAAUUCAGUUAACUUGACAACGUUUCAGAUCGAGCGCACCUCGAUGCAAGAGUACAUUCGCAAGUUGGUGUUCGUCGAUCUGUCGAAGAUCACCGUCGAGCGUGUACUCGUCCAGAUCCGUAAGCUGGACUGGGACGACCCGGCGGUGGUGCGUUAUGCGGUGCACUGCCUGUCGCAACCGUGGAACGUCAAGUACAACUGCAUCCAGUGGCUAGCCAGUCUCCUUGCCGGCAUCAUGUACUAUUACGACAAAGUCGGAUACCAGGUCGUCGACAAUAUUUUGGAAGAGAUCCGAAUCGGCAUGGAAGUGAAUCACCACAAACUGAAUCAAAGGCGCAUAUGCUGUAUGAAAUAUCUCGGCGAGAUGUACAACUACAGAGUUGUCGAUUCUGCGAUAAUAUUCAACGUUCUGUAUUCGCUGGUUACUUUCGGCGUGGUAGGUGAACCGAAAGCAAGCAGUCCGAUCGACCCGCCUGAGCAUCUCUUGAGAAUUCGUCUAGCGUGCAUUGUGCUGGACACCUGCGGCGCGUAUUUUGACCGCGGGACGAGCAGAAAGAAGUUGGACUGUUAUUUGUUGUAUUUGCAACGUUACUGGCUGAUGAAGAAAAGUAGCGAGUUUUGGAGCUCCGCUGAACACCCAUUUCCUGCCGAGGUCGACUAUGUGUUUUUGGAAACGAUCGAGCACUUGCGCCAUAAUUUCAAGCCGGCCGAAAGUUUCGAAGAGGCAUCUAAGAAAGUGAAGGACCUAGAAGCGGAGUACAAAAGCAAGGUCGAGUCGGCCCUGAAAUUUGUGCAGCCGAUCGAACAUGAGGUUGGCGAGUGUAUGCCUGCAGAUGACGAGGAAGGCGAGUUCGCUGGGCCCCGCCGGCUGGAGGACGCGGAUGAAGAAGGAGGCUUUAACGGCGGCACGACCGGAAGCCAAGACGGUGCCAGUCAGGGUAGCCGCGAACCGCGCAGCUUAAGUCAGAAGGACGCAUGGCCGGUGAGGCUGCCGAACGACGAUGAAGAGGACACCGGUCUAACGGUGCACUGGAAAAACGCCGAGACCAACCGUACACUGGAGGACGAAGACUUCAUGAAGGAGUUCGAUACGAUGAUGGCUGAGAUGAUGCAGCAGCGAGCCAGCGACCAGUUGAAGGUACCCCAGGUCGAAUUCACUGUUCCAACCAAUGUCAGGGCAAAAGCGAACGUGAAGACGAAAUUUGAGGACGAAGAGGUCAAGGACGAGGGCGUUCAGAGCCCGACUGAAAACAACGACACUGUCAAUUUUUACCUCAUGACCAAGGGUAAAGGCAGCAAACUGACGCUGAAAACUUUAAAGAUUCCCGUUAGUUCAGACUUCGCAUUAGCUCUUAAGGACAGAGAGGAAGCUGAACUUCGCGAAAAGGAAAAGAUGAAGCAGUUAACUUUGGACAUGAGCCGUCGCAUGGAAGAAGAAGAGAUUGCCGAGAUUGAAGGCAGCGGUCCCCGUGCUUUCAGCGCGGCUGACCAGAAAAAGGCAAAUCAGCAGCCACGAUUUCAGCACCAGAAAGGAGCCCCGAAUCCGCAUGAAAUAUUUUCUAACCGAUGGUUCCGUUGACG